CUCGUAGGGAAUCCCGCUUCACUUCCGUCAUUCGGUAGUUAAACCUCCAGGAGCGUGAAUCAAUCACGGGCGCUCGCGCGGUGGACGCGUCCGUCAGUCAGCUCCCGUUCGCGCUCAAACGGAGUGCGUGACGUCAUCGCAGCGAGAGUCCUCUGGAUCUCAGGUGUAUCCCGGACCUGUCUGUGUUUUCUCCAGCAGUCUGUCUAAGGCUCGUCUCAGGACCGCCGGUCUCCAGCGACAUGGGAAAGACUCGAGCGCUGAUCCUGCUGUGCGCCGCUGUCGGUCUGUGCCAUUGCAGGUUGGUGACGGUGCCUACUGGCCCUCUGCUCCGGGUCGAGGGCCAACCGCUGUCCAUUCGCUGUGACGUAUCAGAGUACGAGGGCCCGAGAGAGCAGGACUUUGAAUGGAUGGUAACACGAGGGAUGGAAACCAUCAAAGUGAUCUCGACGUUUGAUGAGCAUUUCUCAGAGCGCUCUUUUCAAGACCGCAUACGGAGCGGCGACAUUAGUGUGUCACGACUAAAGGACAACGCUGUUGAAUUAAGAAUUCAGGAGGCUCGAAUUAGUGACAGCGCCACCUACCAGUGCAGUACUCCAAGCACAGACUCGGUCAUCAGUGGAAACUAUAAAGCAGCCGUCCAGCUGAAAGUUGUUCCCAACAGUUUGAUUGUGGCUCCCGACGCCCCAAACCCUGUCAUUCGUGAGGGUGGGUCCAUCAGACUCCUGUGCAACGUCUCCCGCAAUUUCUUGGAAGGAAUUUACCUGUCUCUUACCUGGUCAGUAAAGAAGGGCUCUUCUCUGCUAGAGGAUUUGCUGACCUUUGGUCCAGAUAUGGGUGUGAUGGCUGGCGACAACUACAUGCGGCGCUACACAGAUGGCGGGAUGCGGCUAGAAAUGGGAAACGGCGUCUCGCACAGUCUAGUGCUCUCCGGAGCGACGCCGGACGAUCAGGGCAUGUACGUGUGCACGGCCAGACUGUGGACGAGAGAGCAGGGAGCCUGGAACCGCAUUCAGGAGAAGACCAUGGAGAUGGGAGAAGUGACUGUCACCCCUACAGCAAACUCCCUCAGCGUCCAGGUUCAGGACGACAGCACUUUAUCCACAGGAGAGACGCUGCUCCUCACCUGCUCGGUUUCUGCCGAAGCCUCCAUGGAUCUGGAGGUGACGUGGCUGAUGAAUGGCACUCGUGUUCUGGCCCAUCUGAGUCGUGACGGCGUGCUGACCAACACGUCUGAUGUCGUGGACGUGAGACGAUUGGGCAAGUGGGAUUUCCAGCUCAAGGUUCAUAGUUUGGAGCUGUCUGACGCGGGACUCUACGCGUGUAAAGUGAGCGCUUGGGUUCAGCGCGACGGUGGACAAUGGUACCGGGCCACCGAGAAGAUUUCGGACCCCGCACACGUUCACGUUAUUAAGCAUAAUCCAGAAUACACUGCUGUUCUGAGCUCAACUGUGAAUGCAAAGUUUUCCGGUGACCCGACAGAGUUGGAAUGCAAAGUCAUGAACGUGACAAACCUUCGUACCGGUCGGCUGGGGGUGUCGUGGCUGUACAGAGAUGUUCAGCCCGGUGACACUCCGGUAUCUACUCACACCAUCGCCUCUCUGGAUGAGAACGGCAACCUCGUGCCAGGCAAAACUUACAAGAGCCGCGUGGAGGCGGGGCUUAUUACGCUGACCCGAACGGAACCUUCCACUUUCAAGCUCCGCCUCCUUCGCACGACGGAGACUGACGCCGGUGAAUACACGUGUGCUGUAAUGGCAUGGGUACCAUCUCGACAUGGGAAUUGGAAAAAAGUUGCAGAACAUGUGACCCCAGCGCAUAAAGUCAGCUUUGCUAACAAGCGUCCUGUUCUCAGUGUUGUGGCCCGGCGUCUCCGUGAAGCUACGGCUGCCGGCUCCACGUUUGAGAUGAGCUGCCAGGCCAACAUUCAAAACCUCCCGCCGGGAACCGCCUUCUCCAUACUUAUCUUGUCCGAGGAGGGCGUCGGGUCGCCCAGCCGCAAACUGGCCUCUCUGGGCCCUGAGAUGGUUCUCCAGCUGGAGGACAGCAGUGAGCCGGGCCGACGGGACGGCCUGAUGCUGGUGAAGACCGGGAAGAGGGAGUUCCAGUUUCGGAUCCAGUCAGUGCAGGUGACUGAUCGUGGGUUUUACUCCUGUGAGAUGAAAGCCUGGACGAAGCAGCCGGGGGAAGACUGGGUUGAGAUGGCCAAAGGAGUGUCGAAUAAGGUUCAGAUCGCUUUCACACACAAAGGUCCCACGUUUGAUGUGUCCAUCAGUUCAGACACAACGAAUGUUUUCCCCUGGGAAACUGUGAAGAUGGAGUGUGACGUCAGUGUUAGCGGCACGUCUCCCGCUACAGAUGACGUAGCAUACGAGAUGAAGUGGUUUCUGAGUCGUGUGAGGGGUUUAAACAGCCCGUCCCUGCUAGCCAGUAUGGACCGAUGGGGUGUCGUGCAUAAGGCUCGUCGCAACGACAGCAGCGACUGCAGCCUUGAGCGCCUGGGACCCAAAAAGUUUGCCUUGAACAUUCACAGCACCCAGGACAGCGACGCAGGUGAAUAUCACUGCACCGCAACGCCCUGGAUCCAGUCAACAGCCACCGGAGCCUGGAGCAAAGCGCCGGAGGUCUCCUCACAGAGAGUCCUCCUCACUGUGAAGUUUGCAUUCUGGGACUCAAUGAAGCUGCCUUUGCUGUACGGGAUCUGUGCUUCAGUGACUGUCGGCGUAGUUUCUCUCGUCCUGGGCCUGGUCUGUGCUCACUGCUGUUGUAAAACCACUACAACUACCCCACGCUCUCGGAACAAACUUAUGGAGCUGGAGAUGGAUUGACAAAGACAGUACAGUUGUCCCCUACCGUCCUGGACGGCGUGGUGACAACUGAUGAACGCUGGGACGCGUCCCGUGAUGUUAUGCACCACCUGGAAGGAGAAACUACAUGCUCAGAGGAAAUAACUACUAAAUCAGAGUCAAUGACCAGGGCGAAUUACUCAAUUAUUGCACUAAACGCAUUCAUGUAUCAGCCAGGUGCACGUUUUGUUGGAUUUAUGAACGUUUCGUCAGCUACAUUGAAACAAGAAGUGUUAAAGAAGAUUAUUUUGCAGUCUGAUGAGAUACCUGAAAGCAGGUUUGACAAAUUGAAGGAUUAUAUUACUCUACAUCAAGCUCCAAAGAGACCGUCUGCUUCCAGAUCAGGGUUUAAAGACUCGUUUCUACCUGGAUUCUUCUGAGUUUGGUGCUACUCUCUUUUUCCAAGACAUGGGAGGAGCUAAACCCAUGUCCCAAUGUGAAAGAUGACAUUUUAUCUGUGAUUCUGUGAUAUUUUGUGUUGUAUUGUAUGUACCGUUUAGUUUUGUUCUUCAGCCCAUCCAGAGUUAACCAGCUCGGACCAACCCUUCCCUCUAAAAGCUAACUAGUCAACCAUUAUCAACUGGUUAACUGUAAUGCGACAGGGGCGGUCACACUAGAUUUUAAACAUAUGAAAGGAAUUUGAAUAUAUGAUGUUUGAAAAAAUAGUUUUUUGAAUAAGUAGUAUUUUCUUAAUAAAUAAUGAAUUUAUAAUGCUAAAAUAUAUCAUCAUCUCUUGUUUCCAGCGAUGAUAUAAUCCAUGUAUUGGGUAAACACAUCUGUUUAGCUAGCUAGCAACACCCUAUCAACCACAUCACGUUGGAACAACGGUUUAGAAACAUCCUAGGAACUAAUUAGCUACUCUGUAGCAAUAACUAAAUGUUACAACUACCUAGCAACAUUCUAGAAAACACUUUGAACAUCAUAGCAACCAACCAAAGUACUAUGACAACUGCACUGAAAUACCCUUGCAACUCCCUGAAACACUCCAGCAAACAAACGCCUCCUAGCAACAUCUUAAGAAUAACUUUAAACAUUGUAACAACCACUCAGAACACCAUAGCAACUGCACUGAAACACCAUACCAGCUACCUACAACAUUACAAUGUAGCAAAUACCAAGAACAGUCUAGAAACAGCUUUGAACAUUGUAGCAACCAGAACCAGAACAUCCUAAAACUUCCAGCAACUAGAACAUCCUAAAAAAAAAACUAGAAUCCACCCAGAACACCUAAGCAACUACAUGGAUACGCCCUAGCAACUACCUAUAGCAUUCUGCUGUAGCAAACACCAAGAGCAUUCUAGACACUGCAUAGAAACAUCUGAGCAACUACCUAAAUUGCCAUCCUAGCAACAGCUUAGAAACCACUUUGAAUUUUGUAGCAAUCACCUAGAACAUCGUAGCAACUGCAUAGAUACACCCUAGCAACUACCUACAACAAUCUGCUGUAGCAAAGACAAAGAACGUCCUAGCAACUGCGUACAAACGUCCUAGAAACUCCUUACAACACUAACAAACACCAAGAGUAUCCUAGCAACACCCUAGAAACCACUUCUAACAUUGUAGCAAUUACAUAGAACACCAUAGCAACUUCACAGCUACACCCUAGCAACUACCUACAACAAUCUGCUGUAGCAAAGACAAAGAACGUCCUAGCAACUGCAUGGAAACAUCCUAGGAGCUCCCUACAACACUAACAAACACCAAGAGCAUCCUAGUAACACCUUAGAAACCACUUCGAACAUUGUAGCAAUCACUUAGAACAUCAUAGCAACUUUAAUAGAUACACCUUAGCAACUACCUACAACAAUCUUCUGUAGCAAAGACAAAGAACAUCCCAGCAACUGCAUAGAACCAUCCUAGGAACUCCCUACAACACUAACAAACACCAAGAGCAUCCUAGCAACACCCUAGAAACCACUUUGAACAUUGUAGCAACAGCAUAGAUACUUUAAACAUUAUAACAACCACCCAGAAUGCUAUAGCAACCACGCUAAAUACCCUAGCAACACCAGAGCUCUGGUCUGCUUGUAACGACCUUUAACUUUUGUCAAGCUAACAUCAAAAUUUUUCUUUUCUUUUUUUAGUUCAAGUUUAGAUUCUUGUAAACAUGUAUUGAUGUGAAAAUGAGUGUUUGAUGUUCAGCCAAGAGGUGAAUCAGUGUCUUUAAUGUUCCUAAUUAGUAAGUGUCUUUUUUGGAAACCAACCCAACUUGGUACAGAGAGAAAGAUGAAAGUAAACACAUUCUCACUAACCCCGCAAUCACACGAGUAUGAAUGAAAGCAAUCGGACUGAAGUCUAGUGAGGCCGCCCCUUGAGCUGAUGAAAUAUUGACUCACUGACUCCUACAGUUCAAGUCACACAGAGGUCAGGGUUUGCUUAGGUUAAAUCUGUGCCUUGGGCCUGGUCUUGAAGCUUCGCUAACAGCUCUGCCCACCAGUUUGCACCUCCAUGGAGCAAGUAGAGCUGAAACUCAAUGCUGUGCAUUAGGGCCAAGAGACCCCCAGAACAAGCACUUUCCUCUUCGGUGAUGCCUCGAGGGCAUUGGCCGACCCUUUUCCGCUUUUUGUGCGUCUGAGGGUCUUUGUCUUCAAUCCUGAAGCUAUCGGUUAACUGGGACAAAAAAGAGCUCCUGUGAAUCUCCCACAUGGAAGAAAAGAUAGUGGAUAUUCACAGUGUUUGUGCUCAGCAAACUUUCUGGUUUGGGUUUGUUAACAGCCUCUUUUUCUCAGUAUUAAACUGCCAUUAAUUCAGACUUAGACUUGAUUUAAACUUUAUUUUCUAGAUCUUUUCAGUUAUGAGAGUGUGUCUGUAUUUGGGUUUUGUAAAGUUUAUACUUUUUAAGAAAAUUCAGAAUGAAACUGUUCUUUUCACCACUAAAAAUGAUGAUGUUGAUGUCAAACUGAAUAGCAACUGGUCUUUGUUAUAUUUUUAUUUGCAUACUGAAUUGAUUGGUGUAAGACUGUGUUAUUGACUGGGUUGUUGAAUGAAAAAUUGAGUUAUGUGGUUAACCAACUGAUUAAAGAGUGGUCACUAGAUAAUAAGCAUGCAAAAUUAUUACAAAAAUAUUUUAGAGGAAAUAUGGUCAACAGGAUAUGAUGGCUUGCUCCAGUGCUUUUGUUUUUAGAAAGAAAUAAAUUAUAAAUAAUAUUAAUAAAUUUUAAAUGUUAUAAUAUCA